CCGCAGAAUGCGCCUUGCCCUAAAUAUAAAAGCUGCUGCUUGCUGUUCGACCCGCAACACACGUAAGUUACCACUGCCCCUCCAUCCCUUCACCUCCUACCCAUAGCUCCUCCCUCCCUCCCCGCAAUCACCUUUCACACAUACCUCUGCUCCCAAAGCUUCGAAUCUUCAUACCCUAUCGCCAUGGACGAUUACAGCACUCUUCGGACCAAAACCUUGGGCUCUGCACAGGAGGAGGAAGCUGUUACAGUAAAUACCAGAGCUCUUGUAUGUGGCCGCUCCCCUCAGAACUGCACUUCUGUCACCUUCUUUGCUGACUGGGCGGGCGAAUUAGAUCGAUAAAGUGCUUGCCCGAUAUUCUGGCGAGAAUACCACGUAACCAUCACCCCUCGGCUUUCCCCGGCCUUGUUUCGUGACUGAUGGGGCAUUUCUUUUGUACAGGCUGCGAGAACUUCUGCAGAAUGCCGCGGAUGCAAACGCCAAUUCUGUGGAGGUUCGGUUCCAAUCGGACGGAUCUGCCUCGGCACCUCCGGGCCAUCGACCCGAUUUCAAGGAGCUCGUGAAGUCUAAGAUGCGGCGAAUGCUGGUCAGGAACGAUGGCCAUUCCUUUCGAGAUGAGGACUGGCAACGACUGAAGAGGAUUGCGGAAGGGAAUCCCGACGAGACAAAAAUUGGUGCUUUUGGUGUUGGGUUUUACAGUGUGUUCGCCGAUUGCGAGGAACCUUUUGUGUCUUCCGGUGAUCAAGCUAUGGCAUUUUACUGGAAGGGGAACUCUUUAUUUACUCGGAGAGCAAAGCUUGAUGCUAAGGAUCGAUAUACAACCUUUUUGCUGGAAUACCGGGAGCCAUCCGAACUGCCAGACUUGAAAGAUUUAUGCAAAUUUUUUGCCACUUCACUUACUUUCGUUAGGCUGAGUUCCAUAUCACUCUAUGUUGACGACCAUUGUCUGCUGUCGCUACAAAAGAAGACUUCUCCAUCAGACGUUUUGCAGAUACCCGAGUCGAUAAACCCGCUUACGCGAGACAAGUUGAUGCGGAUUGCCAGGGUGGAUACGGAGAGUGUGCAGAUUGAUGCAAAGUACAUGAAUGUCACCCAUUAUAGCCCACCUGUAGCCGAGAUUGGCCAAACCUUUAGACAAAUAUUUUCUCGCUUAGCUUCUCAGCCGGUCACGCUUAAGGAACCGUCUCAGUCGGAUUUGUCUGCUUAUACAACGGUCUCGAUAUUUUUGCGGAUAGCGACGGCGACUGUGAACACCUCUGUUACUACUUCAUUCGCCAAGGAGCUCGAGCGUGCAACUAAAAAACCGCCACCUAGAACCACAAAACUGGCUAUCCUGUCGAUGUCGAAGGACGAGCUUGACGCUUCGGAAGAUGCGGAAAUAUUCUCGAAUGUAUUACCUGGCAAGUCGGGGAGAAUAUUCAUUGGGUUUCCAACGCAUCAGACAACUAGCAUCGGCGCCCAUAUAUCCGCUCCUUCAGUGAUACCAACUGUUGAGAGAGAGAAUAUAGAUCUUAAUGCUAAGGUUAUUAGAAACUGGAACAUUGAGAUGCUCAGGAUCGCCGGUAUCCUGGCUAGGAUCAUGUACACCGAUGAGAUGUCAGCGCUGGCUAGACGGGCUGAGAGACAAAAGGGGCAAUUAGAAGACUUGUUUGACCACGCUAUCCAUAUCAUGAGGCAAUUCACGUUCACCCCCUCGACGCCGGCCUCGGCUGUAGGAGACCAUAUCAGGGUGGAAUUCUGGAGCUGUUCUAACAGGAGAUCAAAUUCGAUUGAGGUUAUGUCCACCCGAGGAGUUUUGCCAAGUGACCGAGUGCGGUUGUCGAGCGAUGUUAACUUUUUGGUUGGAUUACCGCUACUGCCGGAGAGGAUUGCGAAGGAGGCACAUGAGUUUAUAAGGGGCUUGAGGGAGGUUGGUCUACUAACGGAGAUCACUACCACUGAUAUCCAGCAAGAGCUCCAAAGCAGAGCUUUGGGUGGAGAACAGCAAGAUUUAUUCUUAAAGUGGCUGGCAGAAAAACGAACUAAGGGGGAUCUGGACGACAAUAUUGUUCGGAAUUUGCUCGGUGUAGCUGUUGCAACGAUCUCCUCGCCAGAGGAUCCCAACGGGGCUGUCACAAUUCCUAUCUCUUUGGGAAUGAUAAAAUAUUAUGUCAAUGUCAACAAGUUGUCCCCUGAUGUUCCGAUCCCUUCAGACUGUCUGCCGUUCCAAGUCACCAAAGCUUUGACCAGGCCCCAACUAAUGGCACUCGGGUGGGAAGAGAUCGCGAUUCUGACCUGGUUGAGGUUCAUUUGCUCCCCACCUCAUCCCUUGCCGGCCCCGCAAAACAUCGAGCUUUCGACAAAGUUCUCAACCCAGGUUUUGGCAAUCGUCUCCAAGAAUUGGGAACCAAUGCCUAGCAAACAGAAGCAGGAGGUCGUUGACCUUCUAAGAAACAAAAGGUGCAUACCUACAAAGAUGGGCUUGAGGAUUCCUACGGAAGCAUAUUUCAGCACAGUCAAACUUUUCCAGGACUUGCCGUUGAUUGUGAAUAUGGGUGGCGUACGGGAUAAAUUCCUCACGGCUCUCGGUGUUAGGAAGACGGUGGAACUUAAGCUGGUGUUUGAGAGGUUGAUGAGCGAAAAUGCGACUCAGGGCAGGACAAAAUGGAGCCACCUUGACCUUAUCAGAUACCUCGCUAGUGUCUGGAACGAUAUCCCUAAGGACGACAUUACGAAACUCAAGAGCAAGGCUAUCUGCAAGGCGGAAACUUCGGAUCCUCAGUCGCAACAACGUCUGUAUAAAGUUUCACACUUGUACGAACCAGAUGAUCAACUCAGAAAGCUUGGGUUGCCGAUACUUUACUGGCCGAACUGGAAAGCUGGUAGCGUGGAAGGGAGGUUUUUAGCAAGUCUUGGGCUCAAGAGGUAUCCUAGUGCGCAGGACGUUUUAACGAUAGCUGCUGUUUCUGCGGAUGAUGCGAGGCUUAGAGAGGCUGCCCUACAAUACUAUGUGAACAAUUAUUACAAUAACGGAUAUACGGCUUUCAACGCUGCGGGGCUGGAGGUGGCGUUUUUACCCCUUCAGGGUGGAAGUCAAGAGAAGCCGAAGCUGGCCGCACCCGGGCACUGUUAUUCUAACCCCCGGGCUGCUAUCUUGGGCUAUGAUAUUUUACGGAGUGACCUUCAGGAGCACGGGCCAAAGUUUGGGGUUUUUGCUGAUCCUCCUAUGACAUUCUGCGUUGACAAACUUAUCAUUCAACCACCGACCACGAUCCGCGACGCCGAGGAAAAGUUUUCCUACCUUUCAACUCGGCUUGCGGACAUUCUACCCCAUCUUGUUGAGCGACUGUCGAGCGCCCGCAUUGUGCCCGUGCCAUCAAAGCCCAGCGAUAUACGACCGGGUUCGGCGGGGAAACUGAAGUGGAUUCCGCCAAGGAACUGCUUUCUAGGAGGUCAGGAUAGUAUCUAUUUUGAGAUCUUUGACUUUGUCGACUUGGGGCAAGAUGCAAAUGCUUUCUUGACUAAAUGCGGGAGUAAGCAUGAGCCUACAGUGGCAGAGGUUGCCUACAUGAUUGUUCGUGAGCCCGAUCGUUUGCUCGAUGUCUUCGGGGGCGAGAAGAAAUACAUGGGGGCCUUGAGAAGUAUCGCGGAGAAUUGGAGCCACUUGAAGAAGGACAAAAUUCUCGUCAAGGAGAUGCGUAAGAGUCGGUUUCUUGGGGCGCUGCGGGAAGUUUCGGCCGGCAAUGGGGCUGAUGGAAGCGCCACCGAAGAAAAUGCCGAUGGAGGCACCCUCAGGGAGUUUACUCUGGCUAGGGCGGACCAGGUUUUGGUGAUCGAUGAAUACGUGACCUAUGUGAUGUUCAAGAGCGAGAUUCUGACAGCCCCGCAAGAGGACAUUCUCGAGAGUUUUUAUACGGUAUGGAAGCUUGGCUUUGUAUUUGGGGUGGUAUGGUGCUAACCUUGAGUUAAAUUCUAGUCUUUGGGCGCUUCGGCCGUGUCAGCAAAGGUCUUUCCCGAGUGGCGCAUUGGGAAUCCGAUUCACGCGGAGAAAGAGGUAGAGAGGUUGAGUAAACUUGUUUUGGAGAGGUGUCGUUUGUUUCUUCAUAACAAUAAUGAAGAAGUUGCACAUGAUGCUCAGUGGUUGGAAAACAACCUGCGGGUUUCAUAUGUUGAUACAAUCCGUGUGAGGAAUACCCUGAAACACGAAGGAUAUAAAGCAAUUAGUCAUCAACAAAACAAGACGGCUGCGAUAACGAGGGAUAAUAAUUCCACGAGGCAGACUAAUUUGUAUGUGACUCAUAAUUUCUUGUAUUACGACGUCUCGGUGGGACUCGUGACUAUCAUACUGAGGCGGCCCAAACCGCAUUCCUAUUUGCUGCUGGAGAGUUUGCUAAGCACUGGUAUGCAUUUUCACCGAAUUCCUGGACCAUUCGAUUUACUAACAGGAUUACAGACCUGAUGGUACUAAAGUCGCGAGGUUUUAACGUUGAACGGAUUCUCAAAGCAAAGGCUGCUGAGGCUCGUAUCGCGGAAGACCAGCGUCGGAGGAGGCUCGAGGAAGAACAACGGAGGUUUGAGGAAGAGGAGAAGCUGGCACGUGAAAAGGAGAAGCUGCAGCAGAAGCAAAUUUUGCGGGAGCAGGAGAAGCAAGCCAUCCAAGAGCUCGAGGAGCGACCCACUAUGCCAGGCGCAUUUACUGAACCAUCUCCUCAAAGGAGGACAAAUCUCCCACUCCCUUCCAUCAUGGAUAGGCCGAGGCCGAACAACUUUUUCGGGAGGGUUACCAAAACUCUCGGUUUUGACAAGGAUAACCAGCAAGCAGAACAGAUAAAAAAUUUGCUCGAUUACCAGUCUCGCGAGCAACAGCAGCUGGUGCAGUCAUCGAUAACGCCGACCCCACAUGCGCAGCCACAGGUGGAAAAACCUACCGAACCCCAUAGAAUUAGGGAAAACUUGCGCAGAGCAGUGGAAUCUAGUAGAAGCCAUGACUCUAAUAACUUGUUUUGCCCUCCGAAUGCUUUUGCUGUUAAGGAGCAGAAGAGCUAUUGCGAUUCUCGGUAUGUCCCCCGCACUAACUUUUGGUAUUUUAGUGCUAACCGGGGGAAAAAGCCCGAGCCACGAUAUCACCUUUGCUGGAAAUUCUGCCCUGGGAAUCAAACUGUACGUCGACAAGAGGGUGAAGGUGCAAGACUUUUUCGGCAAAAAUGUGGCGGCGGUCAACUCGUUUUCCCAACUGCUGAAGCAAAUCGCCGAGAUAUAUUCCCUCAACAUUACCUCGAUGCACAUUUACUUUGACGAGCAAGGGACGGCGAUUGCGUUUAAUACUAACGGUUCGAUAUUCUGCAAUCUGCGCUUCUUCCUACAACUCCACUCCGGAGCAGUUGCUAAGGGAGAUACGGAGAAAGCCUUGGCAUAUUGGUUCGUUGUUGUCGCACAUGAGCUGGCGCAUAACCUUGUCUCGGACCAUUCUGCACAACAUUCCUUUUAUGCGUAUGUCCACUACUUGCCUCCCCUCCAGUUCAUUUGUCACUAAUUAGUAGGGUUGUCUACAGCGAAACGUUCGUACAGGAGUUCUUUACCGGAGCCAUGACGGCGAUUCAGAGGGGGAAGGAAGCGAAUGCUCAACCAUCUAGUUCUGCAUAG